ACCAAAUGAUAGUCACAGACACGAGAUUUAUCUAACGUGUGCAACAGUGUAUUUUACGCUCCACUGGCUGAUGUAGCCAUUACAUAACGCUCCUACCCGGUGCUUCGAGAGUGAUGUGAUCAUUAUUGCUGCACCACCAUGACUGGCUGAGGAUUCUGUGCAGAACGCGGAGGAAUCGCAGUUUCAAUGAGAUCAGCGCGCCAAGAUGUAGAGUGUUUAUGCAACUGUACGCACCGUAAAUCCGUAUAAAAUCGUUCCUUCUUCCAUCGAAUUUCUGUACCGUCGGGUUUCACAACAAUAAUAAUGGAUUCCAAUUGGAAAUUUAGCUUCCUAUGCUCAGUAUUAGUUUUCUUGCCGGUUCAACUCACUCGUUGCCAGAUCUCCCGUCCCUGUCUGCCAGAAAAUCGCUUGAUUAACCCCACAUCCUGCCUCCAACGCAUCUCCGAUGGACUAUUCGAUGAAAACCAGUUUUUUUUCGGAAAAAGCUUGGAUGCCAUCUGCGACAAUACGGCACAGAACAGUCCCGACGAUGUGAACUGUUUUGUCGGGGAUGAGAACACCCGCAAGUAUACCAUCGCAUCCAGAUUGUUCCCGGCCGGAAUCAAAGCCGAGGCUAUUGAUCGACUGCUGACCGUUACGUAUAAGACCAGCGCAGGAACAUACAACGCUUGUGGUGGAUCGUAUACUGCGGAAGCGCGCACAACCGACGCUAAUCCGGAUAUGGCUCCCACCGAGCCCAUUUAUGUACGGAACAAACCGAACUUCGAUAUGAAGAAAGAUUCCAACACCUACUAUACGAUUCUGGUUGUGGAUGUUACGUACGGUUUUGUUCAUGGAUUCUUCAUGGGUUAUCCCGAAAUCAAGGACAUAAUUCCAUACCGCGCGCCGUACAACUUUCGCAACAUCACCAACACUUUCCUUUUCCUCGUCUACAAGCAAACGGAAAAAGACUACAUGGUGGAGCCGACGGUGCUCAUGCCGAUGCAGGGUCAGGGCUUCGGCAAGAUCGUUACGCUCGACAAAUUUGCCAGCGACCACGCGCUCAUCGGGCCGAUUGCCGUCAACUGGAUGCAAGUGAAACGCGACCCAUGGGCGGUGCAACAAGUGGCCACCCAUGAAGAAAAUCACGGCGGCGCGGAUUACUGUAUCACGCUUAUCAGUGACGCCUUCCGACUAUCCAACCUCCCAUUCGGGUCCAAGGAUUUUGCAACGAUUGACAGUGUCCUAAAAGUGACCUUUACCAGUAGCCCCAUCACGGUGGCUGCAUGCUGUCAGAACGUUUCAUAUGGACUCUCAACCACUGUUAUCAGCCCACUGGCCAACCAGGUCCUCAACGCCUCCAUUUUUCGCAACCAGCCCAACAUCGUGGUAGAGAAGACGGUUAUCCGCUCAAAAAAUAACGAGCGAAAAUACACCCUGUUGAUGGUAGACCCCGCCUUCCCUAACGCUUCGCUAGCCACACCCUCGCGUCCCUUUCUCAACUGGCUAUACACUGACCUGGACGAGGCGUCUACGGUGGAUCUGACCAAAAGCAACCUUCCCUAUAUAGAGCCCCUUCCCCUGCCGCAGUCCACGCGCCGUCUGUACUUCCUCCUGUACGAGCAGACCAUUCCAGCGGGCGCAGGGGCAGCGGAGUUUGCCGAUAAAUCGGACGUAUGCCCGCUGGCGUACAAGGGCCGCUGCCGUUUCGAUGUAGAGACGUUCGUCAAGGCCAACCAGUUGGUGUUGCGGUCGGUAACGUGGGUGACGGUGCAGAGCGAUCUGUACAGCCUAUGGGCCAUGUUGCGACAGACCAAGAGCGAAGCGACUGUCUGUUCCGCCCAGACGGGCUGGUCCCGUGGCUGUGUCGGACUGGAGACCACGAGCAAGCCGUCAGCCGCUGGUUCGGUGGGGCUUAGUGUCAGCCUACUGUGUCUUUCUUUGGCUGUCCUCUUUGUAUUUUAGAAACUGAUUUUUUUUAUUUAUUUUACGCCGUUUGGAACAGAACUGCUGCAGAGUGCUGCAUAUACAGAGUUGUGUCAUGUUAAUUUCCAUGGUAACUUGCAAUAACAGUAUUGGGAAUAUAAAGUUCGCAAGGC